UUCAGAAUCUUAUUUUUUGAAAAAUGAUAAUAUUUUUUAUAUUAUUACUUCCUGGAUGUUUUGGAUUUGAGGACGUUAAGUCUAUAAAAGCAAGGUUGGAUAUAAACAAGGAUGGAUCCUACAGUAUUGUGGAAAUACAGGAUAAGAUUGAAGGGUCUAACUCCCUAGCAACCGCUGAGUACAAGAACGCUAUAAACCAGACAGGAUGGGCCUUCUUGGAUAUAUCAACAAGUCAGAAAUUCACGGAUAAAAAACAGGCUUUUGGAGCUGGUUUUCUAGAAGGUGCACUGACAAGUGAACUACUGUACAUGUACUAUCAGAAUACUAUUGUGGGAAGAUGUGAUGGGAAGGAGCAACUGUGUGCUAGCAUUGAUAAGUGGUUGGACGAGAGCUUAAAGUGGACUGAAUCUAAGAUAAAACAGAGUUCUCAUCGGAAAGGAUACUGGCAUCAUGUUUCAUUGUUUAUGACACAGUUAACUGGUAUAGCAGAGGGAUAUCAUCAUGUUAUGAAAGAUAAAAAUAAGACCAUAACCCUGAAAGAUAUUAUUGUGAUGAACGUAUUUGGAGAUUUGGAAGAUCUAGAGUCAGCUCUAAAUCCAACACAGCUUCCAAACAAGGUUUUAGGUUCGUACCUGACAAGUAAUAUUAAACAGACCUACAGAUUAAUUUAAUUCCUCUUCCUGUUG